UUAAUAAUGUCAAAGCCAUUCGGUCCUUCUGUGUAAAUCAAAUCCAAGACAAACGACGAUGAGCUUCACUCUAUCUCUCGCCCCUUGUUUGCCGUCUCCCGUCCCUCUUCCUCCUUCCUUCUCCCUCAGAAACACACUCCUGAAGCCAACAAUCCUCACUCGUACACGUCACCAACUGUUCACAUCCUCUUGUCUGGCUGCAAAAGCAGCCACGUCACCGUCAGAGACAGCCAAAGACGUUGUUCUCGAAACAACUCUGACGCCAGCGUAUGAAGUCGUCUCGAGCUUCUACGCCGCUAUCAACGUCCAUGACUUAUCCUCCGUCACAGACCUAAUCGCUCAGGACUGCGUCUACGAGGAUCUCGUUUUCUCUUCCCCUUUCGUUGGCCGAACGGCGAUUCUAGAGUUUUUCGGGAAGUUCAUCGAAGCAACAAGUACGGAUCUUCAGUUCGUGAUAGAUGAUAUUUCGAAAGAGGACUCGUCAGCUGUUGGUGUUUCUUGGCAUUUAGAAUGGAAAGGGAAGAACUUCCCGUUUAGUAAAGGUUGUAGUUUUUACCGGCUUCAAGUUAUUGAUGGCAAGAGACAGAUUGUAUAUGGAAGAGACUGUGUUGAGCCUGCGAUCAAACCUGGAGACACCGUUUUGGCUGCUAUAAAAGGAGUAACCUGGCUGCUGCAGAAGUUUCCUCAACUGGCUGACCAGUUCUGAGGAAUUAUAAAGCUCCUGCAUGAUGAAGUAGAGCUACCUUACAUAUAUAAGUUGUCAUUGUGGUAUAUAGGAAAAAAUACUUCCCCAGCAAGCCCCCACUCUUGGCCAAAUUGUGUUAAUGCCAGGAAAUGAUAUACAAGUCCAACUAGAAGUGGUCAUGUGUGUAUAGAUUGUUUUCGGUCUGAUGAUAGAUUAUGUGUUAAUAGAAUAUGUGUUAUUAACUAAAUAAAGAUUCACGAGGGUCAACUUCAUCCUACUUUUUUGACGAAGUUCCUCAUUCAUGUCAUAA